CAAACAAACCCUAGCAGCCCUAAUUCUCUUCCUAAGUCUCCGUCAGAGUCGCCGGAGAAUAGACCAGAGAGAGCAGGGGACGGUGGGAGUAGUUGCUAGAACUUUGCAAUUCAGAAAAAGAACAAAUACAAUUUUGGAGUCUAGCACUUCUGUCAACUUGUGCUUGUUAAUUGAACAGAGCCUUAAUAAUUCAGAUUCUCUGAAAUGGACGUAGACGAGAUUGAAGAAGAGGAGUUUGGGUUCUCGAGAAACUAUUUCCUUGCUAAAGAAUUGGGCUCUUCUUCAAGGAAAAAAUCUGCUCGGAAGCUUUCAGAAAUCGAUCUCGUUGACGAAGAGGAAUUAAGAGAGGUGGCAGCUAGUAUUGAGCCCAAACAUGAGAAAGAAGUUAAUGAGUUGAUCAGUAGCUACAAAAGUUUAUAUUCAAAAUGGCUUUUCGUGCUAAGGAGCAGCUUUGCACUUUUGAUGUAUGGCUUUGGAUCAAAGAAAGCUUUGAUUGAAGAUUUUGCCUCAAAAUCUUUAACUGAGUACUCUGUCGUUGUCGUCAAUGGGUAUCUCCAAUCUAUAAAUCUUAAACAGGUGGUGAUUACACUGGCUGAGCUCCUCUGGGAUCAAGUAAAAUUGCGACAGAAGACUACCUCAGGAAGUCUGUGUAAAAGCCAACAACCAUUUAACACCAGAUCCAUGUCUGACCUCCUUACUUUUCUAGACAGCCCAGACCUAGAAGUUGAGGGGUGUUUUGUUUGCAUUCUUGUUCACAACAUUGAUGGUCCUGGAUUACGUGAUUCUGACAGCCAACAAUGUCUUGCAAGCAUUGCUGCUUGUUCUCAUGUUCGUAUGGUUGCUUCCAUUGACCAUGUCAACGCUCCUCUUUUGUGGGACAAGAAGAUGGUUCAUACACAAUUUGACUGGUACUGGUGCCAUGUUCCUACUUUUGCUCCAUACAAGGUUGAAUCAAUGUUUUUUCCUUUCAUCCUCGCCCAUGGGGGCAGUGCACAAAGUGUGAAGACAGCUUCAAUUGUCUUACAGAGUUUGACUCCGAAUGCUCAAAAUGUUUUUAAAGUUCUUGCUGAGCAUCAAUUGGCCCAUCCUGAUGAAGAAGGUAUGCCAAUCAACAAUCUGUACAGUACGUGCCGAGAACGGUUCUUGGUGAGCAGUCAAGUUACUUUGAAUUCACAUUUGACAGAAUUUAAAGACCAUGAGUUGAUCAAAACCAAAAGAAAUUCUGAUGGUCAAGAUUGCCUUUGUAUUCCUCUUACAAAUGAAGCCCUUCAGAAACUUAUAGCAGAUAUCGUUUAAUAGAGCUUCUAAUACAAGACGAGAAAUUACUCAGCAGCAAGUUUGAAGUAGAGGCAUGUUUAAUGUAUGGCAAACUUCAUGUGUAAAAAGUGCACAUCUUUUCACUUCUUGUACGUAAAAGUUUGUGCUUUUACUCAACAUGUUAGGAUAUUCUGUUGAAUAUGGAAAACCUAUCAAGCAUCUCACAGAGAGAGCAAUAUGCUUGUUGGAAUGUGUUCAGUUUGUGGGUUUGUCAGGUCCUCAUGUAAUGUUGCUAUUUCUGUUGACCAUCUUCUUAUCUGGAGAUUCAGCUAUGUAAAAAGACCAAUCUGCUUGGAAUGUAUUCUGUUUCUCAAUGUAUUUUAGGAAGAUUACACAAUUCAACUAA